GUGAAUCUGCUGGUUACAUUUCGCUACCUUCAUUGAUUUGCGUUUUCCAACCAAACUUUGCCAACUUUAAGGACCAGGACCUAGGAGGGUGAUUUUACCAUUUGCUCGAGAAUAAUUUGACCGUUUUCUUCAGAACUUGGCAAUUCUUAAGCCUAGCACUGAUUUUACAUUUGCAUUAUUCUACAGCCGUUUUCUCCAAAAUAAAUGUGGUAUUGAACUCAUCAUGAAAAUGAACUGCCCAAAAGUGAAAAAUAAGACCACGUGUUAUUGUGUACUAUCACUAUUCCGAAUCCAACUGUGAUAAGAAAAGCAGCUACUUGCAAAAAUUAAAUUUUGUAAAGAAUUGAGUUUCAAUUUAAAGAAAAAUUAUAAAAUUGAGAAUUUAGUUGGAAAUAUCAAAAUGAUGGAGACCGAUGGAAAUGCAGAAUCUUGUAAACGUCUCCCUCAGAAGAAAUAUUUUCGACAAAGAGCGCAUUCGAAUCCAACAGCCGAUCAUAUCGUUGAUUACCCUGUUAAGCCAGAAUCUAUGAAUUGGAAAGAUUUUUAUCCCCUACACAGCGAUAAAGAAGUCGAAUUUCUGGAUAUUGGAUGUGGUUAUGGAGGUUUACUAGUCACUUUAUCGCCAAUGUAUCCUGAAACGUUGAUGUUGGGAUUUGAAAUUCGUGUCAAAGUAUCAGAUUAUGUGAUCAAUCGUAUUGAAGCGCUACGUGAUAAUAAUCAAAAUCAAUAUCAGAAUAUCGCUUGUAUCCGUACCAACGCCAUGAAAUAUUUACCCAAUUAUUUCAAAAAAGGACAGCUGAAAAAAGUUUUCUUUCUGUUUCCUGAUCCGCAUUUCAAGAAAUCCAAGCACAAAUGGAGGAUCAUCAACGAAACUAUAUUAGCAGAAUAUGCAUUUAUUACAGCAGAAGGGGGCUUGGUUUAUACUAUAACUGAUGUGGAAGAAUUACAUGAAUGGAUGGUUAAACACUUCACCGAACAUCCUCUUUUUGUGAGAGUUGCAGAUGAGGAAUUGAAACAAGAUCCCAUCAUUUCUGUCAUUGGAGAUUGUUCAGAAGAAGGAAAAAAAGUUACACGAAACAACGGUAGUAAAUUUAUUGCGGUGUUUCGACGUAUACCAGAUUCUGUUCAGCCUUCGUGAGAUUAAAUUUUAAAAAAUGAAAAUGUGAUCCAUUUGUUAUUGAAAAUAAGGUUGUUUAUUGAUUGAUUAUUUUAAAAAUGUUGUACAUUUUAAUGAUGAUAAUUCUUGUUGUAAAGAGUUUCAUUUGACAGAUUUUGGAUUAUACUUGUAUUUUCCUUUUUU